GGAGAGGGGAAGAAGUGAGGGAAGGCGUGUGCUGGCAGCUGUGGGCCUGCAGCCCCUCAGGUCGGGAGGUCUGAGGGAGCUGCGCCUUUGCUUCGCCUCCCCUGGGUUUGAGGUGAGCUGCCUCUGGCUGCUCUGCCCUCCAGGAAUCCUGCUCUGAAUGGGAGCUGGGGAAGCUUUCCUGCAGCCCCCUCGGAUCCCCACAGGCUGGCCGGGCUGCUCUGUAUGCAUGGGGUGAAGCUGUGGGGAGAUAUUGCCUUCUCCCGGUGGCACAGGAGCCGUUCCAUGGUGGGAAUGUCUCAGCCAGGAAAGCAGGCGCUGGGAUGAGUACCUGGACCAGAAUUUGAAGAUGUCUAAAAAGAAACUGAAGAAACAAACCGGGAAAGAAGACUGUUUGGAUGGCCAGGAUGACAAAAACUCUGAAGACACAAGAUCCUAUAAACGUACUUUGAAGGGAGAGGCAGAAUUUCAGAGGUUCAAAGUCGAGAAAGAUGGGCAAAAGAAGAAGCAAGACGAAAGUUCUAGUAUUUCUCAUGGCUCUAGUGGAAGAUCUCAAGGAGAAUCUCCAACUAGAAGCAAAACCACAGAGAAUUCUUUAAUCCAGCCUGAAAAGCAGAAGAGAAUCGUUAUAGAAUUUAAAACCAAGGAAAUUAAACAUGGAAAAACUACACGUGAUCCUGAUGUGGUGACUGCUAGCAGGGAAAGUCAUAACAAAAGUCAUUCUGAUGGAACACAAGGGAAAAGAGUCUGGCAUAGCUUCGCCAUUCAGAGGGACAAGGCGCUGAAGAAAAAGGCAGAGAAAGAUGAACUCCGCAAACUAAAGUUAAAAGCGGAACAAACUAUGCUGGAAAAAUUUAAGUCAUCUUUAUAUGAUUCCCAUGGACCGCAUGAAAAGGCAGAUCGCUCAAAAAAGUGGAGUGAAGAUAUCAGAAUUCCCAAAAAGCCAUCUGCCACCUCUACAGGGACUAUGCAUGGUGACAGGCCUCUUGCUAAGAAGCCAAAUACGUUAUCGAGGAAUUGGGAAGAGGAGUAUGAAGAAGAAUAUAAGGAGUUUUCAAGGAAAAAACGGCACAUGAAUAAGCGAACACCAUCACCCAAUUCAGCUGAAACGCCUCAGCGAUGGGACUUGGGUAAACGGAAUAAAAAGGAUGCUGAUAAAGCUCCUGCUAACUCGGGGACCGAAGAACGGGACUUUGAAGGCACAGCAUUGAGUUUUAAGCAGAAUUUUGAAGUCCUGUGCACGUCUGACUCCUACCAGGAAGGUGAGGACAUAAAGCCUGUCCAAAAGAACUUUGAAGUCUUUCCACCCACUCAAGACAGUCAGAACCCAGAAACAGACCAAGAGAUGCAGAUAGUUGAAGACUUGCACGUUGCUCGCAUUCAAAGGACAAUGGCGCUGUCUGUCGUGCAGACUUGUGGAGAGCUUACAAGUAUGGAAAUAGAUCUUCCAGAACCGGAUUUAAAUAUUUCUGCUGGGGCUUUUGCUUCGGGUCUGAACAUAUUAGUGGUGAUAGACACAAAUAUAAUGAUCAGCCACCUGGAGUUUGUCAGAUCCCUGAAAUCUGAGGAUAUACCAGGCGUGGGCAGACUUGCGUUAAUAAUUCCUUGGGUCGUUCUGCAAGAGUUGGACAAUUUGAAGAAAGGGAAAAUGUUGCAGCACGUUCGGGAAAAGGCUGUCCCUGCUGUCCAGUUCAUCUACACGUCUCUCAAAAACCAAGAUUCAAAAUUGUGGGGGCAAUCCAUGCAGCUUGCUUCUCAAAAAAUAUAUGGCCUGAGUGACGAGAACAACGACGAUCGCGUUUUACAGUGUUGUCUGCAGUAUCAGAACCUCUUUCCUCAAGCUGUUGUCAUACUCUGCACGGACGAUAAAAAUUUAUGCAAUAAAGCCAUUGUGAGUGAGGUCAAGGCAUUCUGCAAAGCUGAUUUGGUUACUGCUCUACAGAACCUGAGGGUUAACAGGCAGCAGAACUCCAUUGAGCUGCAGCAGUUGAGAUGCGAUACAGAACUCAAGAAUACUGGAAGAAGUGAUGCAAGUCUUACUGCGCGAUUCCCAAAUAUCCUUCCAGACCUUGAAAAGAACUUAGGAGAAGCUUUGUCCUGUAUUUUGGAGACUGAAAUGAAAAUCGCAUUUGGAAACCUAUGGAUGGAGAUACUGUAUCUGAAGCCACCGUGGACAUUGGCAAACUUGCUGAAGUGUUACAAAAAACACUGGAUGGCUGUUUUCGGUUAUGUUGUGCCAAGGAGUUUACUUUCAACCAUUGAAUGUCUGGAUAAACACCUCUGUUCAGGUAAAACAGUCGACCUCUCAACAGCACGUAUCUUGCUCCAGGAAUCUAAAAAACUCCUCCAUGCUUUCACCUCGAGGUCAGACUAUAACGGUGUGCUUCCUUCGGCGUACACUGAAGUGAAUAAACUACAGCAGACGCUUGCCGAGGUGAGGUCAGACAGUGAGCAGGAUUUAUCAGAAGACACCAUGGUUCUUUCAGAAAAUGCUGCAUGUGAAAAAAUGGAAUCGACGACACCAGGUCUUCAAAACUGCGAAGGAAAGAAGUUACAUCCAAGCUUUUAUGUAGCUCAGGAAAACAGGCACCAGGAAAUCUGGUCAGUCCUUGAAGGUGUAUGGAAUACGAUAAACUUAUACAGUAUUGAAAUUUUCCAAAAGUUGGACCCCAAUGCAGGAGCUGUGACUUCAAAGUCUUCUUUUGAAGAAGCUUAUUUAGGUCUGCAGAAACUUCUGGCAGCUGUGAAUGAUAUCCGUGAAGGAAUUAGUAGAAUUUUGACCCCAGCCAGUAGUUUCCAAGAUAUUUGGACCCUCUAUAACUUCCUCAUAAGCAACGAGAUAAAUAACAGCGUAAAAUUCACUGCUGAAGAGCUCUAUGAGUGUGUCUCACAGGAGGUGUAUCGGGAAAGGCUGGAAGUGGGAUAUGGCCAGCUGGCCCAGCUGGAGCACACCAUUAAGCAGUGUGAGGUGUCGGUUCACACGGAAGCCAAGAACAGGGGCUGGCUGUGACACUGGGGUCAAGGACCGGAGCGGCCGUGCUCUGUCCGUGUCCUGGCAGAGCCCAGCUCCUCCGGCAGGCGCCAGGGAAACACUCGAAGAGCUGAAAAUCUGCUGCCUUAUUUCUUGAUGGUGCUGGUUUGUGUUCUGAGUUGAAGGAAAAACCUGGUUAGUUACACACAUGCAUUAAAUGCUGGGAUUUCUGCUGGGAAUCGAAAACCGAUGGAAUUUUCCAUCCCAAGUGAGAGGCUGUGGCCCCAGUGGUUGCGUGCACAGCAGACACGCCGGGCUGCUGCUCCACAGUCCGAAUGUCCGUGUUUCAUGCUGUUACCAGUGCUCUAGGAUGAAACAGGUAAGGCAUCUGUUUUGCUGGUGUAUGAGCAGUGAUGAGUGAGACAAAAGAACACGGUGCGGUUGGGAGGCAGCAGUCGGAUACCCGGGAUGCUCCAUCCCCUGUGGGGUGAAGGGCUGAGGCGGGUGCGAUGUCUGUGUCCUGUGAGGCCGAGAGAGGCUGCAGAGCAGGGACAGCUGGACUGAUGCCCAUUUAGAAGUCCCUCUUCCCUUGGAGAGGCAGGAGCUGUGUUGGGUUGCAUUCCGUGACGUGCCUGUCUGCUCGCCUGGUGCCAUCUCUGAACGUGCUCUGUCCCGUUCCAGAGCCGCUUUCAGUCCACAAAACUCACUAAAAGCCAUAGUCGGUGCUGCUGUGGCCUUUGAUACUGCCUCUUCCAGGUGUGCGUUUGUACGGAGAUGAGAGGCUGGCAACGUUCUGCCAGUGUUUAUUUUGCUAUGACCUGUUGGAUGUAUUUGUAAAACCUCUACUGUAAAGACCUCUUUUAUGAUGGUUACAGUAAAUGGCCGUUAAUUCUACUUGGUGGCAGUUUCUUUUAACAGCUCUGUUCUCACCUUCCCUCGUCCCUGGGGACCUCAAUUGUGUGUGGUUCUUG